CCUUUCCCCCAUGCCUCAAAUGAUCACGUGACGUAUUACGUCCUUUUCCGUGAGAGUCCCAUUGAUAGGACAACACCAUUUUGUAGAGACGUUGUUCAUCUACAAUCAAUCAAGAUGGUAAGAAUCAUCCAUGAUAAUAACUUGAUUUUUUUGUUACUCAAAGUGUUAGGCAACUUACUGAAAUUAUUUAUAAUGAUCAUAAUUGCGGUUUUCGCGAUAUAUUUGCGAAAUUUUUACUACCUGUCGACGUCAUCAUUCAACCAUGGAUGGCAUCUAUGGCCUACUCGAGGAAUGUUUAGACCGUUCGCGUAAAGGAUACAUACACAUAUUUUUUCUUUCUUUUAUAAUUUGAUAAGAUUGUAUUUACAAUAAAAUAUAAUGAUUAUAAUUUCUUAAACCGUAGCCUUAUGUGUAGUCCAGUGUAAUGAUGUCGUUGCACCACUAGAUGCAAUCAUAAUGUAUGUUGAUGUCAUGUUGGCCUAUGCCUAUGUUUUAUAAAAUUUCAAAAUGGCAGAAGGUAUUUUUUUAAUUAAGGCAAAUAGUAGGAUUUUUCCCUCAAGCUUUUUGUCUCAAAUAGUUAACAAAGUUGACCCAUUUGGGCCACACCAUAUUGUUUUCUAUGGAGAUCUCAGUUCUUUGUAAUGACAUAAUUAAGUCAUGAACAAGAUGGAAUAUGAAUAAAUUGCCUGAAAACAACCUGUUGAAACCAGGGAUUGGGUUUAGGCUAUUGAAAUGUCUUGCAUACUUGUAAGAUACCAUAUAGAUAACAUGUAGUGCAUUACUCACAUGGCAAACUGUUUUGAAAAGUCAAGUAGGGCAUACCUAAAUUUACGCCGACACCAAUUUAGGCAACAUGCCACAUUUAAGUUAUUCACCAUUUGACAACAGCUUAGUAGAAAUUGAUUUUCUUGUUUUAGGUGAACUUUACAGUAGACGAGAUUCGGACAAUUAUGGACAACAAGAGAAACAUCAGGAACAUGUCCGUGAUUGCUCAUGUCGAUCAUGGCAAGUCAACCCUGACCGACUCUCUUGUUAGUAAAGCUGGUAUCAUUGCUUCAGCGAAGGCUGGAGAAACUCGUUUUACAGAUACCAGAAAAGAUGAACAGGAGCGCUGCAUUACCAUCAAAUCAACGUAAAAAUAUUUUUAUAAUCGUGUGUUUUAAUUAACACUUGGUAAUCAGGUGUAUGGUUUAACACUUGGUAAUCAAUAGUUUCUAAAUCUAGGCUUGUCAUUUAUUCCAUGCUUAAAAAUGCAUAUUUGCUUUACAGGGCCAUCACCCUGUACUAUGAGCUUGAAAAAAGUGAUAUGAAAUACAUCAAGCAAGAGUAUGACCCAGAAAAUAACCAUUUUUUGAUAAAUUUGAUUGACUCACCUGGGCACGUAGACUUCUCAUCAGAAGUAACAGCUGCUCUUCGUGUCACUGAUGGAGCCCUGGUUGUUGUUGAUUGUGUUUCUGGUACGUUUUAAUGAAAUAUAACAGGCCUAUAGGUUUAUAAAUGAUUUGAAACACAAAUAAGCGGUGGUCGUUGUGCCUAUUUCGAAUUGGGAUUGAGUCUUGUUUUUAAAUUAAACAAGUAUUUUUUAGAAUAUUUAACUUGUGGCUUCUUUUUGAUGAUGAUGACAUAUUUUUUCCCCGUCUUAUCGGAAAUGAGGAGAAAAACAAUUCAAGCCAUUGUUGACUGAAUCAAAAAUAAAGCCUUUAGAAUUUUCAUAUCGUAAAUCAAUUUGUUAAAUGAUUUUAUGUAUAUAUAGCCGUUUUUCAGUUUUUUUAAAACAAAUCUAAAAAAUUGCAUCAUAACAUGUCUUUACAUGUUCACCUUUUCAAGAUACAAAAUCGCCCUGUGAUUGAAAGGAUUGUUGCUUUAUGUUGUUCAAAUUUUUUAAUUGUAGGAGUGUGUGUCCAGACAGAAACUGUACUGCGCCAAGCCAUUGGUGAAAGGAUUCGUCCAGUUUUGUUCAUGAACAAAAUGGACUUGGCUUUGCUGACAUUGCAACUGGAGGCUGAAGAUUUAUACCAGACUUUUCAGAGGAUCAUUGAAAAUGUCAAUGUUAUUGUGGGUACAUAUGGUGAAGAUGAUGGCCCAAUGGGUAGCAUUCAGGUAUGUUGACAAUAGUAUUUCCUUAAUUGUUUUAUCUUAAAUGAGUGGCCUUGGGAUUUGUAUUGGUAAGUAAAUCUCAACCUGGUCUACCCAUUGAAGUAGUUGCUCUUCAAUUUCAGGUUGAUCCCAAAAAUGGAACUGUUGGAUUUGGAUCAGGCCUGCAUGGAUGGGCUUUUACCCUGAAGGACUUUGCUAAAAUGUAUGUCAGCAAGUUUAAAAUUGAAGAACCUGCACUUAUGAAGAGGCUGUGGGGAAAUCAGUUCUAUCAUGCUAAAGACAAGAAGUGGUACAAAGAGCAAACCCAAGGAUCUGUCAGAGGAUUUACCAACUACAUCCUGAAGCCCAUAUAUGAGGUUAGUUUGAUAUUUUACUGUACUAAUUUAUCAAUUUUCCAUUUUAUGUUCUUCAAGAAAUUAUUUUGGAAAUUACCCCUUUAUCCCUUUUCUUCUUAGAUCUUUAACUUCUGUAUGACAAAGAGCAAAGAGGAAGCUGUAGCCCUGGUUGAGAAGUUGGGUGUUAAACUUACCCACGAGGACAAGGAGCAAGAAGGAAAACCUCUUUUGAAGGUUGUUAUCACUGCUUUUAAAAAGAUAUCUUUGGUUAAGUUCUUGGCUAUAUUUGAUUGUGAUGACAUUUUUUUUCCCCGUCUUAUCGGAAAAUGAGGAUAUGGUUAUUUAAGCCAUUGUUGACUGAAUCAAAUGUUGCUUGGAAAUGUUGCCUAUUCUGAGAUAUUCAACCAUGCUGUUUUUAAUUAGGCUUGUAAAUAAUUUUUUUUAUCUUACAAUAGACUGUUAUGCGAAAGUGGCUUCCUGCUGGUGAUGCCCUGCUUCAGAUGAUUGUUAUUCAUUUGCCAUCUCCAGUCACAGCUCAAAAGUACAGAGCUGAGCUUCUAUACGAAGGACCUUUUGAUGAUGAAUGCUGCACAGGUAUGUUUUUCUGACAAUUUUAUAGAAAUUUUUUUUAAAGUUGUGGCUGCAUUUUGAUGGUGAUGACAUUUUUUUUCCCCGUCUUAUCGGAAAUGAGGAAUUCCAUUUUCAAGCCAUUGUUGACUGAAUCAGAUCAGCCCUACGAAUGUUCAUAAGAAGCAGUAUACAUUUAUGAAUAAUAUUUAAUUGGGAAAUAUUUCUCCAUCUGCAGCCAUUAAAGCAUGUGAUCCCAAAGGACCUCUCAUGAUGUACAUCUCAAAAAUGGUACCCACAACUGACAAAGGUCGUUUCUAUGCUUUUGGAAGAGUUUUUGCUGGAGUUGUUGCAACAGGACAAAAAGUCCGUAUUAUGGGUCCUAAUUAUCUUCCAGGAAAGAAAGAGGACCUUUAUGAAAAGACAAUUCAGAGGUGUGUAUUUUUAAAUAUGAAGUAAGAUGUGACAUUUAUUUUAACCUCAUAUUUUUUUUUACUUGAAAAUUUUUUUAUUACUGUGUACAUUUGAAAUGAAUUAUAAUCAAACAGAACUAUCUUGAUGAUGGGUCGCUACACUGAGUCCAUUGAAGAUGUCCCAUGUGGAAACAUUUGUGGUCUGGUUGGUGUAGACCAGUUCUUGGUAAAGACAGGAACUAUUUCCACUCACAAGGAUGCCCAUAAUUUGAGGGUGAUGAAGUUCAGUGUCAGCCCAGUCGUCCGUGUGGCUGUAGAGUGUAAAAAUCCUUCAGAAUUGCCCAAACUUGUUGAAGGCUUGAAGAGAUUGGCAAAGUCAGAUCCUAUGGUGCAGGUCAGUUCUUUCUAUUUCUUUCAUUUACUUGAUAACUUUGAUUUUCUUUCAUUUACUUGAUAACUUUGAUAAUGAUGACAUUUUUUUUUCCCCGUCUUAUCGAUACAUGGUGAUAAUUUAGAUUUAAGCCAUUAUUUUCUGAAUCAAAGUGUUUUUAAUGUGAUAAUGACUAAAUUUAAGGGAGCAUUAACCUUAAACAGAAAUUAAACAGCAAUGUUUGUCACUAUAUCUUGCUAGAUCAUCAUUGAAGAAUCUGGGGAACACAUCAUUGCUGGUGCUGGUGAGCUCCAUUUGGAGAUAUGCCUGAAAGAUUUGGAAGAAGACCAUGCUGGAAUACCCAUUAAGGUCUCAGAACCUGUUGUAUCCUACAGAGAGACAGUCAGUGCUGAAUCAGAAAUCAUGUGCUUAGCCAAGUCUCCAAAUAAACACAACCGUCUUUUCAUGAAAGCUGCCCCUCUCCCAGAAGGAUGUGCUGAAGCUAUUGAUAAGGUAGAAAUUCUAUAUUUUUAAAUAAAAGUGACUGAAAUGCAGGGCUUCACACUGGUUGUUGCCGCCCCUAUUAUUCUCAUCUGCUUUGCUGCUUUAAACUUGUUUUUAAUUUCUAGACUAAAAACUAAUUACUUGUUUACAGGGAGACAUUGCACCUAGGCAAGAAGUUAAAGAAAGAGCAAGGUUUAUGAGUGACAAAUUUGACUUUGAUUUAACCGAAGCCAGAAAGAUCUGGUGUUUUGGUCCUGAAGGUACUGGUCCCAAUCUUUUGGUUGAUUGCACUAAAGCUGUCCAGUAUUUGAAUGAAAUCAAGGACAGUGUGGUUGCAGGAUUUCAAUGGGCUACAAAAGAGGUAAUUCCACGUUUCACUGUUCUAUGUCAGUAACAUAGCAACUUUAGUGUUUAAAUAAUCGCACCUCUUCUGUUACUGUUUAUUCACCCUCAACAUUCUAAUUUUUAUUCUAGUCCAUGUUUCUGAUGUUUCCCGUAUCUGGAUGUUUUGGUUUUCUGUUCGUGUGUUCUUGUUUGAUAAUUUUAACGGAUUAUUUUUUUUGACAGGGUGUACUUUGUGAGGAGAACAUGAGAGGUGCACGCUUUAAUCUAUAUGAUGUGACCUUGCAUGCUGAUGCUAUACAUCGUGGUGGUGGUCAAAUCAUCCCAACAGCCAGAAGAGUUUUGUAUGCAGCUGCUCUUACUGCAGAGCCCAGACUUCUGGAACCAGUUUAUUUGGUUGAAAUUCAGGUCAGUGGGACAGCUUAACCCUUAUGCUUAGCUGUAUGAAAUAUACCAGAUAUGGUCAGUUCAAGACAUUUUUCUAUUGGGAUGAGUGGUAAAACCUUAUUUAUUUCUUAAAAUUUCAUUAUUUAGUGCCCUGAUCAAGCGGUUGGAGGUAUUUUUGGAGUACUCAACAGGCGUCGUGGUGUUGUCUUUGACAACCAACAGAUUGGCAAUACACCACAGAUUACAGUCAAAGCACACAUGCCAGUCAAUGAAUCAUUUGGUAAGUCAAUCUGGUUCAGUCAUUUAAGUCAUCUGUCUAAACAAGCUUUUAACUUGGAUUUUUGUGUGAUUGCGACGGGUGUGAAAUUUUUCUAAAAACAGACACUUCUGUUGCCAGAGAGGGUCCCCCUCUAGAUUGCAAAAAUCAAAGGAAUUUCUUUGUUGGAAUUAUUUCAAAUUGGAGGCAAAGGCAAUGAUUUCGGAGAUAUUCCACAACAUGCUAGUAAUGACAGUGAUAGCUCUAGCUGUGAUGGGGACACUUGUAGAUGUGACUAUUUUAACCAUAAGCCACUAUUCUUACAAACAAAUCGUUUGGUACAGAGUGGAAAUGGAACAUACAAAGAUUGGAUCCCAAAGACCUAUCUAAAAAUCUGUUCUGGAGUGUUGAUGAAAAGUGGAUUUCAGAACUGCUAUUGAAAAGGAAUGUUUUGAAUUUUAGUCUGGGAUUUUGACAAGCAUAUGAAAAUGCUAUAAAUGACUUGAUGCUACAGAAAAUUGUAUUGUUCAUAUACAAACCAUUCUUUUGAAACUCUUACAUAUAUUUUUUCCCUACUUUUCAGGAUUUACUGCAGAUCUACGUUCCAAUACAGGUGGCCAAGCUUUCCCUCAGUGUGUAUUUGAUCACUGGCAAAUCUUACCUGGAGACCCUAGGGACCCAGCAACUAAACCUGGCCAAGUUGUCAUUACUGCUCGUAAACGCAAGGGCUUGAAAGAGGGAAUUCCAGCUCUUGACAACUUCCUUGACAAGUUGUAACUCAAAUCUGGACAAUUUAUACCUUUAUUAUGUCUUGUCAUCCGUUUUCAGUGCUUUUGUGAUUUGGGUUGGGAUAUUGCUUUGCUGCAAGGCAAGAAUGCAGUCAGUCAGUCAUCCAGUUCUAUUAGUAAAAUUACUCCUUAUUUCCGAAUCAUUACCUAAGGUAAAGUUCAACACAGAAGUUACUAUGGUAGUCUUUAAGAACUUGACUAAAUAUUAAGUAUCAUUGAUGGUGACCAAAUUGAUACAGGGACUGUGAACAUUGAUUUAUUGAGGAUAAUGUAAAAUUGUCAAUAAACCUCAUAAUUUAUUCAUUUGUUUGAUGUAUUAUUAUUUUUUUUACAUAAUGUUUUAUUAGCCCAUUAAUGGAAAUGAUCUAGUAGAUGCAUCGAUUUGGCCAGAGCACAAGCUUUUCAAUCAUUUUCAUUGACCCAAGGGUAUAAGGUAUGGCAGGGGUCUGAAAAUGGAAAUCUGCCAAUAUACAUUUUAAACACUUGAACUAUAACAAUAGCAGGAAAUUUGUGCUUUUCUGACUGAAAGAUUAUUGGUACAUUGAUUUAAGUUUUAAAAAAAUAUAUACCGGUAGUUGGAAUGAGGUUUAACUCAUCUUUGUGGACAAUGUUAGUGUUAGA